AUGUCCAGCAUCACAAUGGUUUUCAGUCCAGCCAUAUGGAAAAGUUUGUCAGCCAUAGAAACAAUCUUCCUCAAAAUCACAGAGUUGGAUGUAGCUGAUUCUGGUCUUUACUUCUGUGGAACGUUCGUAAAUAACAUCAUCUUCACCAAUGUGACUGUCCUGAAGGUCCAAGGUAAUCUUUUCAACAACUUGUCUGCAUGACUCCAAAUGCACUAACAUGUAUAUUGAUGUAUCAGAGUAUUAUUGAGAAAAUGUUGGAGAUUUUAAUACUAUCGUACUACAGUGGGAAUAAACAGUGGGAAUAUUUAUCUCUCCUAAUCUUCCAAAAGGUCAUCAAGAUUCUGAAAAGGACCUUAAAGAGCAUUGUGAAAAAGGUAUGUUUAUUUUUGUUAUUUUAAGUAGAAUCUUUCGUAAAUGAUUUAAUGAUGUUUCCAUGAAAGUACCACAGAAUAUAAAUAAAGUACAACACGUCUUUUAGCAACAGCCAUAGAAUACUUGUUAUUUCAGUUUCUGAUCCACAGAUGAGAAUCCUGGUCCUUCUCUCCAUCAAAGAACUGGAUUCUCCUCUGCUGUCUGACCAGCUUUAUCAUCAUCUACACCACCAGGAAAUAAAUAAAGCUAAGGCCAAU